CCGCCACCGCCAGCUGCAGGCGGACCCGGCGUUGAGCGGCGAGCAGCGACGCGCCGCCGUCCGGGAGCUGGGCGUCGACGGCUGCUCGGUGGAGGAGCUGGGCCUGGACUUUACACUACCCGGGUAUCCGGCCAUUGAGCUGAAGCGGGGUGGCAGGGGCGAGACGGUCACCAUCCAUAACCUGGACCAGUACCUCAAGCUGCUGACACACUGGCUUCUGAUUGAGAGCGUUCAAAAACAAAUGGAGGCGUUCAGGGAAGGCUUUGAGUCGGUCCUCUCCCUGGAUCACCUAGCUAUGUUCCUGCCAGAGGAGCUAGAUCAGCUCUUCUGUGGCAGUCAGGACAGCCAGUGGGACGAGCGGACCCUGCUCGAGGCCUUCCGGCCCGACCACGGCUACACGUCUGAGUCGCCGCCGUUCCUGUACCUGGUGCGCGUGCUGUCCCGCCUGGACAGCCAGCAGCGGCGCCACUUCCUCAGCUUCGCCACCGGCUCGCCGCGUCUGCCCGUCGGAGGGUUUCGCGCGCUGGCCCCGCCUCUGACCGUGGUCCGCAAGACGGUGGAGUCGGGCCGUCGGCCGGACGACUACCUCCCUUCGGUGAUGACGUGCGUCAACUACCUGAAGCUGCCCGAGUACAGCAGCGCCGAGGUGACGCGCCGGCGGCUGACCACCGCCAUCAAUCAGGGGCGGCUGAGCUUCCUGCUCUCCUAGCGGCCGCCCGUCGAACUCGUGCUUCUGCCAUUGGCCGCCUGCUUCGCACCGUCUGCUCACUGCCAGCGCAACGGACUUACCUCACAAGCAGAGUUUGUGGUAAAGGGAUGCAGAGCGCCACCGGCUGAGCCCUCGCUGUGGAGAUAGCUCACGGCGGGCGGAAUGCCUCGGCUUGUGCGUCGCGGUGCUCCAGACCAUCGCCGGGCAUACCUCAGCUGCGUCAGUGUUGUCGCCCCAGCGGCGAAAGCGGUGCGAGCGAGAGCUCGCACUCCGGCCGUAGAGCGGAACGUCCGCGGCUUCCUGAGUCAGCCAGCUGUGAUUCGGAGCUCUGAUGAAACUGCGGCCUUCCGACGCACCACCCUUCUGGUGGACUCACGCAGCGGAAUGUUCGUCAGUAAAACGUGUGCCAAAGGGGACGAAAUGGGGUAGUUAGGGCUGCAACUGAACUUCCAAGAGCUCUUACUGCUUUGAGUGCAGUCUGAAGAAAAGGAAAUACGCAGCGGAGUUUUGUCCUGAACAUCGAACCACUCAUGUACGAGCAAAGAUCAACCAACGGUGCGCUUCUCAGCGGGUGGUAAUUUUUCUGGUACACAUUGCCGUGAUUAGCUGCCCGCAAAAGGUUUUGCGCAGGGCAUGCAUAGAGUGAUAACCAUACAAUAUAUCUGAGUUAAGGUUUUGAGCCUGUCUGGUACAGUCAUGCGCCUGGAUCACAUGUAUGGAUCCGGGAUACAAUAGGGUUCUACGUGAACAGGAUCCUGGGAUCAGGUUUAGUGAUCUUUUGUUGGGUUCCAGACACAUGUCUAGUUCGGUGUUCGUAAUGCAUUAAGGUUGGAAAUGCAUGUGCUUAACCAUGUCAGAAGCUGAAAACACCUGCGUAAAUACGAAUGCACAGAUCCUGGAAAGCUCGCUUUGAUGUAAAACCCUAAUCGAAUUAUCGGCUCCAAUCUGAUCCGGGUAAUGGUGCUAAUUACCUUCAAUGCCAGGAGGCACUUUUGAUACAAGCGUUAAGUGGUUCUAUUUUAGGGCAUUCGGUUUUGUGUUUUGGGGAUGAAGUCGGGGCCACAGUUUUCAGCGCAUAAUCACGGCUGGUUUUGUUGCACCCUCAGUCCCUUUGAGCUGUUUUGUACAAUUUCGGAUGAAAAUAAAUGUGGUUACCAUAA